AUGAACGGACAUAUCAACUCAAAGUCCCAGUUGGGACAACGACUUUUAGUCAACAUCGUUGAUGGGUAUGCAGCCUCUGAUCCUCAACGAGUUUUCAUCUAUCAGCCGGUUUCCAGCAAUCUCGAAGAUGGCUAUCACCCCAUCACAUUCAAAGAUGUCUCAAAUGCUGUAAACCACGUGGCUGGUGAGCUACUUCAACAGGCCCCAGAAAAUAUCUCGCAGAAGGACUGUUUUCCUACGGUGGCUUAUAUCGGACCAAGCGACGUACGAUACGUCAUCAUCAUGCUUGCCUGUAUAAAAGCUCAUCAUAAAGCCCUGUUCAUUUCGCCUCGCAAUAGUCUUGAGGCUCAAAUUUCUCUUUUCAAAGCCACAGAAUGCACACGGAUCAUGUACGAUGCGUCCAUGCAAUCCACCAUAGAGACAUGGCUUCAGUCAUAUCCUAUGCCAGCAACUGCAGCCCCCGAUUGGAGCAUUUGGGUUGAAUCAACGGCUCCUCAUGUGCCAUACAACACGCCGUUUGAAGAAGCAAGAUGGCACCCCAUGGUUGUUGCGCAUACGAGUGGCUCUACAGGCAUUCCAAAGCCUGUGACUGUUCGCCAAGGAAGCCUUGCGAUCGUUGAUGACUUACAAGAGGCAUCUUUUCUGGAUGGUGCUCCUUCAAUCUGGAGCUGGUGGGGUACCAACAGCUCAAAGCUAUUUUCGCCAAUGCCCACAUUUCACAUGGCUGGAGUUGCUUGCAUGGUAAUCUUUGGCAUUUACCACGGCGUUCCGAUAGUUCUAGGGGUGCCGAAUCGUCCUCUGAGUGCAGAUCUGGUGGCAGAAUGCCUGGUCCACUCGCAGGCUGAUUCCGCAGUACUACCUCCCUCAAUUAUCGAGGACAUGAGUGUGAAUGAUGAGCAUGUUCAGAUCCUAGCUAAUCUAAAGAGCACUGGUUUUGGUGGAGGCAAUCUUGCCCCUCUGAUAGGAGAUGCACUUGUUAGAAGAGGCGUUAAGCUCGUCAACAUUAUAUCUUCGACUGAGAUUGCACCUUAUCUGAUUCACCAUCAGGCUGAUCCCACGUUAUGGCAAUGGAUCGUCAUCAAUGCGGAAGAAAUGGGUGCUGAGUUCCGUUUAAUAGCUGACGACGAUGUUUACGAGAUGUUUAUUUGCCGCAAAGAAAUUGGGGAACCAUCGCGAAAAAUCCUCUUUUACACUUUCCCAGACAAGACCGAAUGGUCUACAGGCGACAUGUAUAAGAAGCAUCCAACGAAGCCAAACCAUUGGCUCUACCACGGCCGCACGGAUAACGUUAUCGUUUUCUCUACAGGCGAGAAGCUCAAUCCUGUUACAAUUGAGGCCGCUGUGGUGGGCCAUCCCGCUAUCAAGCUCGCCCUUGUAGUAGGGCAGCAACGGUUCCAGCCCGCUUUGAUCUUGGAGCCGUACGAACACCCACAAGACGAAGCAGCCGAAGAAGCUCUCAUCAGCAGUGUGUGGAGCAUCGUCGAAGAGAUUAAUAAGGUCACUGUGGCUCAUGGAAGAAUUACUCGCGAUAUGAUUGCCAUCUCAGAUCCCACCAUACCAUUUGCACUAUCGCCCAAAGGUACGAUGCAGCGAAUGGCAACUGUAAGGCUCUACAAAGACUUCAUCGACAGAUUAUAUGCGCAGACGGACGAGGCGAUCGAAAUAAAAGAUGCGAUUGCACCGCUAGAUAUCUCUAGCCCAGAGUCUCUAACGCAGUCCAUAGUGGACAUUGUCGAAUCCAUGACUGGUAUAUCCGGAAUUGAAUCCGAGUCUGAUAUCUUCAGCCUUGGUGUUGAUUCGAUGCAGGUUCUUACUCUUUCCAAAACUCUGCGCUCAGCCCUGGAAUUCGCUGGUAUAAAGUCUGGCAAGGAUGUUGUUGCUGCCAGAGUCAUCUACGCAAAUCCAACAAUAAGCGGGCUAGCCAAUCAUUUAUUCUCGACGAUCAUCAUUGGCCAAAACGAUGACGACACGUCUGCAAAAGAGAUUAGUGACAUGGCUGAAAUCAUUUCAGAGUACACUGCGGACCUGCGGCCUCCAAAUAUGGAUCAACUGCUUCCUCUGGAUGAAGCACAAACAGUCAUCGUCACCGGCACUACAGGAUCACUUGGUGCCUACAUGCUUGACCGUCUGAUUGAGAAUCCUCGGGUUGUCAAGGUCAUUGCUUUCAACCGCGGCCAAGAUGGAGGACGCUCCCGCCAGCCCGCCUACAGUGCUGCUAGAGGGUUGAGCACCGACUUUUCCAAAGUCGAGUUCUUCGGUGUCGAUUUGUCCAAGCCAUACCUCGAUCUCCCUGAGGCCAAGUACAAUGAUAUACUAGCCACUGCAGAUCGCAUCAUACACAAUGCAUGGCCAGUCAACUUCAACAUCAGUGUCAACUCGUUUAGGCCCUACAUUUUGGGAGUUCGCCAGCUGGUUGAGUUUUCUAAUAAGGCAGCCAAAAAAGUACCAAUCGUUUUCAUCUCAAGUAUCGGUACUGUCCAGGGGUGGACAAAGCCAGAGCCAAUUCCUGAGCAUCGCAUUGAUGACCUGACAUUGCCAAAGAUGGGCUAUGGUCAAUCAAAAUUUGCUGCAAGCUCUAUUUUAGAUGCCGCCGUUGAGCAAUCCGGGGUCCCCGCCGCCAUAAUUCGGGUCGGUCAAAUCGCUGGUGCGCGAACCAAAGAAGGCACCUGGAACCCCCAAGAAUUCAUACCAAGUCUAAUCGCCAGCUCGGUUCAUAUGGGGAUGCUGCCGGCCAGUCUGGGUCCUCAAGACGUGGUGGACUGGACGCCGGUGGAAGACAUUGCGGGAUUGGUUUUGGACGUCGCUGGCAUCAAUCAGAAGAUUCCUCUGUCAAGCAUCUCAGGAUACUUCCAUGGAGUCAACCCGUCGGCUACGAGCUGGGCUGAGAUUGCUAAAAUCCUCAAAAAUUACUACGGAGAAAGGAUCAAGGCUCUCGUUCCGUUUGAUGAGUGGAUUCGUGCUCUUGAAGCCAGUGCGAUCGAUGCGACAGCAGAGGAUGUGGAGAAAAAUCCAGGAAUCAAGCUUCUUGACACAUACAAGGGAAUGGAUGAGCAAGGGAAGGCAGGUAUCGGCCACAUUUACUUUGAUGUCAACAGGACUGUGGCACAUAGUCAGACCAUGAGGAAGCUCGGGCCGAUCGACGAGGCGUUGAUCAAAAACUGGUGUGAUCAGUGGGACUAUUAA